UACCGCGACGCGCCGCUGCCCAUUGGACCGCUGGCGACGAUCUCCGCGCCCCACAUGCACGCGCGGUGCCUCGACCUGCUGGCCCCGCCGCUGCUCGCCAAGGAGCGCGCGGGCGCCGCGUCCAGGGUGCUCGAUGUGGGGUCGGGGUCGGGGUUCCUGACGGCGGCCUUCGCGCUCCUCGGCGACGGCGUCGACGCGCGCGGCGUCGACCGCACGGCGUCGCUCGUCGCGCUCGCGCGCGAGAACGUCGACCGCGACGCCGCGCUCGCGCGCGCCGUCGGCGGCCGCGUGGCCUUCUCCGUCGGCGACGGCUGGCGCGGCCACCCCGCGGGCGGGCCCUACGACGCCAUCCACGUCGGCGCGGCGGCGAGCGAGAUCCCGACGGACCUGCUCGACCAGCUCGCCGUCGGCGGGCGCAUGAUCGUCCCCGUCGGCGCGCGCGACGAGGCCCAGGCGCUGGUCCAGAUCGACCGGAGGGCCGACGGGUCCCUCGACUCGAAGACGCUCUUCGGCGUGCGCUACGUCGAGCUCGUGAGCGAGGGCUAG